AUGGAUUCCCAUGUGUACUGGGAACUACAGCCACUAGGUGAAUCAACUUGCGGCCUCCACGCACUUAACUGUAUUUUCCAAGGCCCAGAAUUUAGACUAGCCGAUCUCCAAUCUUUAUCCAUGGAAUGUAGUAAACUCGAACGUGAUUUUCUAGCGCAAGCCGGUCUAAGUGAGGUCGAAUGUGAACAAAUGGCCUUGAAUGAAUCAACUAGUAAUUUUGAUUUUAUGGUACUGGAAAAGGCUUUGGAGAAGAAGGAAUUUGUGUGUACAAGGCUUCAUGUAGACAGCAUAACAGAAGGAUUAUUAGAUCACAAACACGCCUUUCUACUCAAUCUUAACUCACAUUGGGUAUCCGCUAGGAAUAUUGACGAUAAAUGGCUGUUGUUUGACAGUAAGAAGGAAAAACCAACUGAAUUGGUGUUGUUAGACUUUUUGAAGGAGAAAUUACAAGGGAAACAGACGGCGUUUUUGUUUUCAAUCAGAACAAAGAUAUUCUGGGACCUAACCAAAAGUUCGAACCCUUAA